UGUCUCUUCCUCGCACGAUUUUAAAUCCCCCUCCCACCUUUUCUCACGUGAUUUAUUUUCGGAUUCCUAAUCUUAACCUGCUGUCGCUUCAAGGCGUCGUGAGGUUCCUCGCUUGGCGCUGGAGAUGGAGGGUUAUCUGUCGCUGUUGCUUUUCCUUGCCCGGUUGCUGGGCGCUGUAGAGCAGCGUGCUGAUGUGAAUGAGCUGCCCGGGGCUUGGCAGUCCAGCGGCGGCGGCGCUGCACCGGAGAAGGUGCGAGGCGAAGCGCUGCGUGCAGUUGAAAUCAAUAAUUGUUUGAAGAAUGCGCCAGAGGUGGGAUGUGCUGUUUUUGAAUGUUUGGAAAACAGCACCUGUGAUCUGGAUAAUCCGUACAAGAUCUGUAGCCUCCUUCUCCAGAAUGCAGGAAGCUUUAACACACAGGGAAAGCAAUUUAUCAAAGAUUUCCUUAAGUGUAAUGCAGUUGGAAUUAAAUCCAGAUUCAGCUGCAGUAUUCGAAGAUGUCUUGCAAUACAGCAGAUCCUUUCUGAAUUGCAAGAGACUUGUUACCAGAAGAAUGACAUCUGUGCUGUAGCGAAUGAUAAUGCUGAUGCUUUUGCGGAAAUGAUUGAUGUACACAAUAUGUUAUCAAAUAGGGUGUACUUAAAAUUUGUAAAGGUGCUAUUUGACUGUGAUACUAAUAUUGCUAAUAGCAUAAGGAGAAGUAUACAAACUCGGCUUGGUCCAACCCUUGAUAUUUUAAGGAGAAUGAUUCAAGAUGAUUCCUGUAGAAUAAUAGAGAAAGCAACAUUACUUGGUAAAAAUCGAACACCAGGAUCUACUGUGAAGCCUGAGAAGAUCAGUAGAAAAGGGAGAAGCCUUGGAUUAGACAACCUUACAUCUAGAGAUGAAUACUGGAAACAGAAAACUGAAAAACCUGUACAUAGAUUUCCAUAAUUGUGCAUCGAUUUCUGCAUUUAAUGCUAAAUGUACAGUUUGGUGCUACUCAUAGCUUGAUUGAUAAAAUGCUGGUUUAUUACAGCACCUUUUAGUUACCUUAUUUCCCAAGUCAGGCAUUAAUCAUUGCUGUUAUACACGAUAGUUUUGGUACUAAACACAGUUUCAGCCUUUUAGCAAGGAGACCGUAAAGAAUAAUACACCAUGUAGAGCAUAAUAGUGUUUUAAAGACCAUUUCACAACUGGAUAAUCAGAAUAUUCCUGUGAUGUUAAGUAACACUUGAUGGUUAAUUAUUUACUGAAAUAUAUCAAUCUUCCUUGCAAUGGUUGAGAAACUUAAAAAUGAAGCCUCAAUCACAGUGUAAAAUUGAUUUUCUUCCUGUAAAAGCUGUAUCUGUAAACAUCUAGUUCUUUUAACUAUUCUGUGCAAAUCACUAAUUUUCUAUAUGUAUAGAGCUGGAAAAGAUGUAAAUAGUUGUACAAUGAUUGAUUUUUUUUGUGCAUGUACUUUUUUAUUAAACAUAUUUAAUUGCUUUUGUUUUUAUUUCCUUGUUACAGCCCUGUUUCCAGUUGCAAUAUAGUUUCAUUUUCUCCCUUUUUUGGGUGUCUUAUUUCAUCACUUGAUACUGCUUAUUAUUCACCUUGACAAGGAGGUUGUAUGAAAAAAAGGCCUAGUGUCUAUGUUUGGACUCAGUUUAUCAUCUUCCUUAUUCUGUAUUUUGGUAAGCUUGCGGAUAGGAUUAGUAUUAUUCCACAUUUUGUAACCUGUUCUCUGUAUAUACCUGUGUUGUAUGAUUUUGCUCUAAAAUAUUUCCUCUGCUAGUCAUUACUUCCUGGCUAGGUGGUAAACAAACCAACUAAGGAGGGUGUGGCUUGAAUGCAGUGUGCUGCUUGAAUGUAGUAAACAUUAGUUGAAGCUAGUUAUAGUGCUCAUUGAUUUUUGUGUUAAUGUAGUUGGGUCAAAUAUUGCAGAAUGUAUGCCUUCUAGCUAAAUUGUUUAUAAAAUGUAAUGUCCCCUCAAUAGCUAAAACAUAUUUUAGAUUCGGCAUGCACUACUGUAACAUUCACUAAUAAGAGAGCUUCUGUUAAAUGAUGAUUAAUUCCAGCAAAUUAUUGAAACUAGGUGCAACUAGUGAACAAAAUCAUAUGGCCCCUUUAGCCAGCUGUGUUCUUCAUUUUCUAGACAAGGACACAUUUAUUUUGAUAUGAAUUGUUGAGUGUCAGAUUUUUGAAAUCCUGCUUGUAAGCCUUGAGUUGUCUUUUUUCCAUCCAAAAAAUUAUUUCAUUAAUUUCCCUUUACAAGUACUUUACUACUUUUGGCCACUUGCAUUAGCCAUGAUCCUAUUUUCUAACUGCCUGAGGUGGAACGCCAUUGGGCUAUGAAUAAGAGUGAGAGCAGUGUGAUCUUAAUGUUCUCAAAUAUUCAAUUUCUGCAGGUGCCAUUAUAUAAUCAGUAACGGAAAGUCUUCUUUUUUCAAAUUUUGUCUUUUUCUGGAAUAACCCAAUUAUAGUUUCCUGACUGAGGACACAUAAAUGGGUCAAACAAUAAUCCUGCUGAUCUGUUUGUUUGACUUUGGUACUUGGUGGUAAUAUGCCAAACGAUUCAUCUUGGAAUCAGUUCAUCAACCAAUAUAAUUGUCUCUUGACAAAUGGCAAAAUGAGUGUAUUUUUAAUUGUGCAUAUUUUCUAUGUUCCUUUUCCAUUUGAGAUCUUUCAGCAAAGCGCUACUGCUGUUAUAAGCUCCCAUUAACCAUCAGAUGUGUAGGAUUCCAAGUAACUUGGCAUCUCUCUUGAUCCUUGAUGCCAAUUAACAUUUGUCUGGGACAGGAACAUUCAGUACCCAGCUGGUAUUAAAUGUUUCAGUCUCGCAUGCCCCAAUUUGAGAUGAAGGUCAAUGAGCAUGCCAAGUGUUUAUUGAUGGGGGCUCAUUGCUAUCCACCAAGUGAAUCUAUUUUGUUGGAUGCACACAAGUGUUUCUCCAAGAGGUUGCAAGAAGUUACAAUAUCUUAAAGUAGGAGCACCACUAUUUACCCAAACUUGAAGUUUGCAAAACUCCUCAGUUUUUUUUUCUAAUUUGUAAAUGCUGGUAGCAUGCUAAAUAUGGGAAACGUUAAGCUAGCUUGUGUUUGAUUGCAAUGCUUAUGCCAGCUAUUUAAUGUUUCUUGUUUAAAAGUAAAACAGACCUUGUAUGCAAAAUAUUCCAACAUAAUUUUUAGCAGCUUAUCCAAGCAUUUUUAAAUCUGCUUUCUCUGCUAAACCUGUUUACCUAUUGUGUUUGACCCUUCUGCAUUUUAACUAUUUUAAAACUUUAAAAAGCCCCAUCUUCUGUGAAAUAGUUUAACCACAUAAUCCGGAAGGUAAACCAAGCUGGAACCUAAAUAAUUUCAAUUUAAUGUAUUGCUAGUUAAAUGCAGUGUGUUGGAUCAGUUUCUGGUGAUAAAAUGUGACAUUAUGCUUUACUGUAUUUAAGCACAAGGGAUUCCAUUAGAGGUUCAUUUACCAUUUUUGCUGCUCAGCUUCUGAUUAUUCUCCAAUCUGGAUUAAAAUUCUAAUAUAGUAUUGCAGAACUGUGUUCCAUACACUCCCAGGGCUCUAAUUAAACAGUUCUAAUAAAGCUACACAAAUGACAUAUAGCGAGGUAGAAAAUUGCCUAGGUAUGAUCUUUUCACAAAGUCAACCAAUUAUAAUCUCAAUAGUCUACUCUCUACAUUAUUGAAGUUAGUUAUUUAGAUUAAGACUGCUUUGAUCUACACGUCAUUACAGCAUUCAUUUAAAUAUAGACAAAAACUGAAUUCCAGAGCUAAAUGAUUGCUUUAGAUGAAGGCAUCAUUUGAAUGUGUAGCAGCAUAAGAUCCAGGUGAAACUGAAGUCAAUGGAGGUGAGAGAAGCUUUUCACUGGCUGGAAUCAUAACUCACAAGAUGAUGAUUGUGGCAAUUGGUGGCCAGUCAUCACUAUCAGUGGUGCAGAAUCUUCAAGUUGAUACUGUAAGGUCAAUAAUCUUAGCUGCUUUCUCAAUGACCCUCCCUCUAUCAUAACAUCAGAAUGAGAGUGCUCACUGAUGAUUGCAGAGUGUUACAACUAAUAAAAUCUUGUUUUUUUGUCUCCAUGUGUGUUGUGGAAACUAGUACAUGGGAAGAUUGUAACGUUCAUUGCAGCAUUAAUUUUUUGCCUAGGAGCAGAGCGAGGAUGCUGUUGUUUUAAGGGCUCAUUAAAAUGAAUUCAAAGGCUCAUAAAUAGCAAGCAGUUUUGUCAAUGACAGAAUCAAAGAAGGUGACUACUGUUUAUUGGCUCCAGGGAGUUGAUGCAAACAAUGGUCCAUAGAUAAGUGAAUUUUGUUCUAAGCAGCCAGAGCGUUAGAAUUGUGUCAGUGAUUUGUUGCUGGUUCUCAUAGGGUACAAUGCACACAGUCAGUCAGCACAGCUAGAACAGAAGUAUAAGAAAUCUGGCUCUGGGAGAUUAGGGAAAUUCAUGGCCAGCUCUGUGAACCUAGCUAACAAAUUGUGAAGCUCGAUGAACACAGCAGGCCAAGCAGCAUCAGGAUGCUUGGUCUGCUGUGCUCAUCUAGCUUCACACUUUGUUAUCUCGGAUUCUCCAGCAUCUGCAGUUCCCAUUAUCUCUGUGAACCUAGCUGUUUGUUUAAAAAUAUUAAAAAUAAUGUAAAUAAUUAGGUACUUGUGAGGAAUUUCAGGAAUUUGGCAAAUGUAAUCUUGAGAGAAGAGAUUGAACUACUAAAGAACGAACAUGUUUUUUGAGGAGAUUCAGAGGCUAAAUCUUGGAAGUGAAGACUUGAUAUGGUUUAAGAGGAAUGUAACAUUUUAACGAGAUUUGGUGACCCACAAUAUCACUAACAAUUUGACUGACAGGUUCUUGAGAAAUCCAUCUGUCUUCUCUGCACAUGCUAUUUAAUGGACUCUCUAGGGUGUUUGACCACAGUUCUUCUAAUAACUUACA